AUGCAUCAAUUGACCUUUUGUAUCAAUUAUUGCCACAUGGUGCUAAUAAAAAAAAAAAUAUUUAGUGAAAUAGAGAAAACCGAAAAUAUUUUAAAAGUUUUACGAGGAUUUGAAAAAAAGUAUGAAUAUAAAUUUGUUGACGAAGAAUCGAAGAAUAACUGUGUUAACAGAGUAAAAAAGUGUCUUAAUUCAAUCGUGAUUGAGGGUGUUUUAAGAGAGAAAUAUUGCAAACAAGCUCAAAAUUAUUUUUGGAUUGAGCAAAGAAUAGAUGAGGAAAUGUCCGUUAAGGUAGAUAAGCAAAAAACUGAUGAAGGUAAAAGGAUAAUGGGUAAUGACGACGAUGAAAUAAAAAGACUUUUAUGUAUUUUAGAAAAAGAAAUAUAA